AUGGAUCGAGUGAAAGCAGAACUGGAGAAAAGUGCUGGGAAGGAAAUCCGUUACCGCGGUGUGAGGAAGCGAAAACACAAAUAUGGUGCAGAAAUUCGAAACCCCUGGAAAAAACAAUGUGAAUGGUUAGGCACUUACAAUACUGCAGAGCAAGCAGCCCGAGCUUACGAUGCAGCAGCUAUUUCAUUCCGUGGGGUCAAUGCCAUUACAAACUUCCCAAUACCUUACAAUAUUGCUUCUACUGCUAUGAGUAGUACUGCUGAAGCAUCUAGGGUUGUUGUUGGUUCUUCAACAAUUGUUUCUAGGGUUCUUGCUGCUACUCCUAGACCUCUUGUUGCUGCUGAAGGUUGUCACAGUAAAUGUGAUUCUUCUUCUGUUGCGGAUGAUGAAGAUGAAGAUUGUGUUAUCAUUUCUUCUUCAGCUCGGAAACCUUUAAACAUUGAUCUCAAUUUCCCCCCUCCACCAAAUUUUAAUGAUGAUGAAGAGAUUCGCGCCACUACCUUGUGCCUCUCACUUCCCGCUGCUACCCCCCGCCAAUGA